AGCCCAUCAGUUGAUUCAACAAGAAUGAAUAUAAAAAAGAAGGAAGAAAACCAGUUGUCCCCUUUGACUCUUCUUCACUGCAAAACCUAAUCCCCCAAAUCUCGUUAGUCAUCCAUGGCGGAAUCCGAUAAGGUCAACUCUUUGUCUCAGGAUUAUCUUCUCAAGGAUUCAGAAGAGAAGGUGAAUGUAAGCACAGAACCUGAGGACAAGAGUGCUGACAAGGACAUUGUGGAAGCCCCACCCACACCACCAGUCACCGAACCGCCAGUUGAGACACCUGUCGUCCCCGCAGUCAAUGAAAGCGUCCCUGAAUCCGUGAACACUGCCGCUGAAGAAAACGUUGCUACAACUGAAACUUCCGAUAACUAUGUAACCGAGCCCCCUCCAGCUGCUAAUGAAGAAGCUAGCGAAAAUACUCCUGAUGAAACUCCCGAGAUUAAGCUUGAGACAGCACCAGGAGAUUAUCGAUUUCCGACUACUAAUCAAAGCAGGCACUGUUUUACCAGAUACGUUGAAUAUCAUCGGUGUGUUGCUGCAAAGGGAGAGGAUGACGCUUCUGAAUGCGAUAAGUUUGCAAAAUAUUAUCGGUCACUUUGCCCAGGCGAAUGGAUCGACAGAUGGAAUGAGCAAAGGGAGAAUGGCACAUUCCCGGGUCCUUUGUAGAGGCCACACUGAUUACAGUGAGAAAUGCAAGAGAAACCACCAACAUUUUAAUAAAACACAUUGAUUUCAUGUUAUAAAUCAUGUGUAGAAACGUGUCAUGCGAUCACUACACACGCAUCUUUGUGUAAUUCCAAUCGUUUUUUUGACUUGUAAGUCUUGUAUCCUUCAAGAGUUUAACACACGCAGAAACAUAACCGAAAGUUUAUUUAGCCAGCUA